AUGGUGCAGAAAUACGGAGCGGUGCUCACAACGACGACUGACGCAACCGUAGGUGAUAGCGAGAGCAGUGCCCUUCUUGCAGGGGGUGCCGCUCCUUCAGUUCAACAGAAGGAAGGUCAUGCCAGCAUGCUGAGCUGCGUGAGCAACCUUACAAAUACAAUCAUGGGCAGCGGCAUGCUCACCUUUCCUUUGGCUAUGGCGUCUUCUGGUAUCAUACCAGGAAUCCUUACAUGUAUAUUCUCCGGUUGUGUUGGCGCCUUCGGUCUGUACCUACUCUCGUUAUCGGCUAGACGCGCACCGCAUAGAAGCAGCUCCUUUUUUGCGAUUGCACAGCUUACAUUUCCGCAAGCUGCCAUAUUCGUUGAUGCUGCAAUAGCCAUCAAGUGUUUCGGAGUAUCUAUCAGCUAUCUCAUCAUUAUCAAGUCGCUCAUGCCCAAUGUUGUGGAAUCGUUAUACCAUGAUUUGACUUCGCCUAACACUAAUCCGCCUGCGUGGGCCCUGUCAGGCCGGAAUUGGAUCACGCUCAUCAUGUUCAUCCUCGUUCCUCUUGCUUCCUUUCGUCGCUUGGACAGCCUUAGACACGCAAGUUACGUCGUCCUAUUUUCCGUCGUAUACCUCUUGGCUAUAGUCAUUAUAUGCUACUUUAAUCCUUUAGAAGGUACAGCUCCAGCUGGCGACAUUCAUCUCAUCCACUUCACGCCAAACUUCAUUUCGACUUUCCCUGUGCAAGUUUUUGCGUUUACGUGUGCCCAGAAUCUGUUCCCUAUCUUCAAUGAACUGAAGACGAACUCGCAACAGCGCAUGAAUAUCGUUAUUGGAACUUCUAUUGGUAGUGCCAUCAUGGUAUAUGAGGUCAUCGCACUCUUUGGCUAUCUGACCUUUGGUUCCAAUGCGAGUAAUUGCUUUGUCGGCGCUAAUAUCAUCGCCAUGUAUCCCUCGACAUCGAUAUUCAUCGCUAUUGGGCAGCUGGCCAUCGUCCUGCUUAUCACGUUCUCAUAUCCCCUGCAAGUGCAACCUUGCAGGAAUUGCUUGGACAAGAUCUUCCAUGUAGGAACCCCUAUCAAGGUUUCUAGCAGUGAUAAUGACGAUGAAAUUGUCGAUGAGGAUCAUGCUGUUACCGACAUGUCCCCUUUCAAACACACGCUGCUGACCGCUGCUAUUACUGGUUUCGGUUUCCUUAUCGCGUACUUCGUUGAUGACCUUCAGAUGGUGCUAUCCUUUGUUGGCACCACUGGAUCCACUACUAUUUCAUUUAUUCUUCCUGGGCUCCUCUUCUGGAAGAUCUCUCGCGAUGAUCCCAGCAUGAGCAGAACGCUCAAUAAAGCUGCCCUCGCUUUAGCAGGGUAUGGGUGCUGUGUGUUUGUAUUCUGCUCGGGUUACAACAUCUACCGAAUUUUCAAUCCCUCAGAAAAUUUAUCCAACUGA